AUGCUGCUCGCAGGGCAAGGUGCGGCUGCCUCCCCUCCCCAGCCCAAUCCCGAGUAUCGAAAUCUACUGGAAGGCUCGGAUAGCGGUCAGUUGCUCCGUCCAAGAACAUCCGUCUGCAGCAGACCCACAUACUGAACUGUGCGACCCACCUACACAGAAGCUAAAGCAUUCCGCGAGAAUGCCCGGUCGUACAAUAACGCACUGUCCUUCACUUCGCUCGCUGCUCACUUCGACCGGACACGACUGGGCACUCUAGGACCCCCCGUGUUUCGCGUAUUUGGUCGUCUUUACCAUCGACUCGGCGCCCUGAUCCCUGCCGUGAAUCAACGCCCAGCCUUUGCUCAGACAUGGCUCAUCGACCCGGCCGAGGCACCGACACUUGACUUGGACCUGAAAGUGCAGACAGUCGCAUACAAAGAUCUACGUUGA